UUUGAAUGAAAAAUUUUGGAAUAUUUUUGCAGAAGAAAUUUAUAACUUUUAUGAAGAUAGAUAAGGGUUUAUUUGGAUAAGAAUUUUGUAGGAAUAAGAGGACAUGGAUAGUGUAAAGGGUUUUGAGGGAGUAGAGUCGGUUGUUUUUCAAAAAGAAAUGAAGAAAUUGACCAAAAUCUCGGAUUUUUCUGGGAAAAAUUAUGGGUCGGGAAAUGAAAUAGAAGAUCUUAAGAAGUCUUUAGAAAAAAUGAUGUUAGAGUCAGUUAAUAUACAAGAAAAGGGAGUUUUUUUAAGAGAGAAGGGUUCGGAGGGGUCAUAUGAAGCUAAUUUGAAUGAUAAAGAUGUUUUAAAGAAUAAUAAAAAAGAUAGUAAUUUUCGGAAUAUAAAAUAUUAUGAACCGAAAGAUUAUGGAUUAUAUGUUAAUGGAAAAGCUGUAUGGAGAAAGAAUUAUGAUGAGUAUUUUGUUCUUUCUACAUUUAUAUCGCAUACAUUGAAGCAUAUUAUGCCUACAAAUGAAGAGAUAUCUCAAAAGGAAAGAUUUCGAUUUUUUUUGAGUGAAAUUCUUAAUACAUGUAGACCAUCUGCUAAAUUGGUUUUAUUUGGAAGUGUAGCGAGUGGGCUUGCAAUUGUUAAUUCGGAUAUGGAUUUUUGUGUUAUGGAUGAUUCUUUAGAUUUACAUACGGAUGAAUUUCUAAAAAUUUUUUCUGAAGAAAUUAAAAAAUAUGGUAUGGAAACAACAUUACUUUUUAGAACAAGGGUUUCUAUAAUAAAGGUUAAUAGUAAAGGUUCUUUUAAUUUUCCGCAAGGAAUUUCAUGCGAUAUUGGAUUUAAUAACAAACUCGCAAUAUAUAAUACUAAACUUUUGGCUACAUAUUCUAAAUGUGACCAUCGUGUAAGAAAGAUUAUUUUAUUUGUAAAAUAUUGGGCAAAAAGACGUAAAAUAAAUGAUCCAUAUCAUGGAACUCUUUCAAGUUACGGUUAUGUUUUGCUUAUUCUGCAUUAUCUUAUAAAUAUUGUUCCAAUUCCUCUUUUACCAAAUUUGCAGCAAAUGAAAGUAGCAUCUUGGAGAUCUAUACCGCAAUCAGAGAUUGAAUGUGAUGGAUAUAAUGUUUGGUUUUAUAAAGAUAUCGAUAUCUCUUGUUCUUUUUCAAAUAAUACAGAUAGUUUGGGAAAACUUGUUUAUGGUUUUUUUUAUUAUUAUGCAUAUCAAUUUAAUUGGAAGGACCAUGUUGUAAGUAUAAGAACACAAACUGGUCUUUUAACAAAACAAGAGAAAGGAUGGACUCAAGCAAUGGAGCGAGUUUUUGUUUCUGAUAAAAUAUUUAAAGACCGUUAUAUUCUUGCAAUAGAAGAUCCUUUUGAAAUUACUCAUAAUGUUGGAAGGACCGUUAAUAAGCAAAGUUCUCAUAUAAUUAGAGGAGAGUUUUUUCGUGCUUCAAAAUUAUCUAGUUCAAAAUUAAGAAAAAAAAUAUUUAAUGAAUUAUGUGAAGAACGGAUUAUUAUAAAUAACUUUUCAAAUGUAAUAUAAAAAGACG